CAAGAAACUAAUUUAGAGGCCAACGGCCAAUAAAACUCAAGAAGAAGGCGAAGGCCCAAGACAGAAGAGGAAGAUGAACGGAUCCGAACUUCACUUUGAGCCGAAGGGUAUUUUGCAUCGUGUGCAGCUUCUGGGCCCUGAAGGGAUCUCAAGAUGUUCCUCAUUGACCAUCGUGAAGGCUGCAUCCUUGUAGCUGGAUGAUCUGAAAUCCCAACUAACAUUAGCUUUGAGCAAAGUUCACAGUGUUGUUGAUUGGAUUAUGUUCUGUACUAUAUAUAUACACAAUACCAACUGCCUUGGCCAUAAAUUUAUCAAAUUUCCUUAAUUAAAACUGCUGACCAUCAUGUCUUAUCCCAUGUAUAAUCCAUUUGCCUCUGGGGAUACAAAUGCCUCCCAGGGACAAUAUGGACUCUCUACUGGACAGACACAUGGAACCAUAUGGAGGACUGUACCUAAUCUCGGACUUGGAUCCAGCAUAAGCUUCCCUGGACAGUCAUUUGAUGGAUCUAGUUUGCCUGCAAUCAACAGGCCUGAACCAGGUCAAACCACUUCAAACAUCCAUUUACAGAGUACCUUCAAUAUUUCUGCCAGAAAUCAAAUAACAUACCAAUCUUUUGGUCAAGGCGCCACCACAACAGAGUCAAGCUUUUCUGUCUCAUCAGCUUCUCAGUAUCAUCAACAAUCCAAUGUUUGUGAUGGGAGUAGUUCUUUUAACUGGUUCCCAGUUAAAAAUUCCUCAGAGUCUUCUUUAAAUCCUUAUGAUUACGCAGCUCAACCAAUCGGCCAACCUCUAGCCCAAGAGCUUGCGCUCACACCUUGCAUAGCUGAAAAGAUUUUACUGCAUUAUGGAUUUCAAAAAGAGGACUUGAAUGAACUCAUAAAUUACCCCGACGAGGAAACUACAGCCGAGAAGCUCCCCUACACUUUACAAAAGAUUCGUAUGAAGAAUGCCAACAGAGCUUUACCUGCAGCCACGUCAGACGUUACAUCUCAACCGAGUUCAAGUGGAAUUGUUGGUUUGAAAAAGCCAACGAUAUUUCAUGAUGAACCACCAUCGAUCAGUUGUCACACAUCUGGGGAUGAACAUACAAAUGUUGAGGGUAAGACUGUUGAGAAGUUUCUCAGUAAGGCUCAGAGUUGUGGAUUCACUUUGCUGAAGAACGAUGAGGCUAGCAGUCAGGCUAAAAGAGUGACUGAACAACGCUUGGAAUUAAACACCAGUGGUUCCAUUUCUUCACGUGACACGCUGGGCUCCAUUACCGGCUUGAGCUCAACAAGGAAUAUUGUAGCUCAGGCCCAACAGGUGGAGACUCAAUCAAACCAGACUUUGCAAUCAAGCGUCCCUGUCUUUUCUCUGCAAAAUAAAAGCAGGGUCAUUGUAUCGCCAAAGUUUGGCCUCUGUGGGUCUCCACCUGUAGAAGCACCAACUCACCCAUUUACAUCAAAAACACAGUCACCAAGUAAUAUAAGCCAGGGUGUACGUUUAAGUGGACCUGUCCUUGUUCACACAGAAAGUAAAACUCAAGACCAAAAGUCAAAGAUCACAAAGUCGGCACUGCAGAAGCACCUGCAGAAGCAGUCACAAUUACAGAUCACACAAGCUGGGCAGCGUGCAGAGCCCACUGCUCUGAAACAAGUUCCUGCUCCCUCUUUCAUCCCCACUGUUGCAGAAGUUUCACAUCCCAUUCUACAGUCUGGCAACAAUGUCGUCUCUUCAUCUGUCCCAACCGUGGAUCUGGUCAAGACCACUGAUACACAAGGAUCUAAGCACCAGUCUCCAGUAAAACCUGCAACCUUCAAGGGUCUGCCGUCACCAGCCAAGAUGCAUGACUGUACUGUUAGCAAACCAAGGAAGUUUCCACAUACCUGUUCUUUAUGCAAGGCAAACUGUUCUCAAUUGAAGGAUUGGACUGACCACCAGCAAACCAGUCUACACGUUGGGAACUGCAAACGUCUUCGGGAACAACACCCAGAGUGGGAUGGCAAAGUACCAGUGCAAAGUGAUGCCAUUAGAAGUGCCAAGGUUUCUCCCUCAACUUCUGACCACAUGUCCCAUGAUCAUAAAAAGAAAACCAGUGAUGGGACGCGUUCCCGGUCUUGCUCUCGCAGCCCAUGCCGACGUCGCAGCUCUACCCGUAGAAGCACCACUUCCAGCAGCAGUUCUAGAUCUAAAAGUCCUCGCAAACGCCGCAGUUCUGGGUGUAGAAGAACUUCCACCAGCAGUAGUUCUCCCUCUAAAAGUCCUCAUCGACGCCGUACAUUUAGGCAUAGAGGGGCCACUACUAGCAGUAGUUCUCCCUCUAAAAGUCCUUAUCAACGCCAUACUUUUAGGCGAAGAGGGGCCACUACUAGCAGUAGUUCUCCCUCUAAAAGUCCUUAUCGAUGCCAUACUUUUAGGCGAAGAGGGGCCACUACUAGCAGUAGUUCUCCCUCUAAAAGUCCUUAUCGACGCCAUACUUUUAGGCGAAGAGGGGCCAGUACUAGCGGUAGUUCUCGCUCUAACAGCCCUCGUCGACACAGCAGCUCUGAAGGUCGAAGGGGAAGACGGAGCAACAGGACACAAUCAUUUCACAGUCCCAGGCACAGUCACAGGUCUCGGUCUAGAUCUGCAUCUCCACGGCACAACCACCGUAUUUUCUCCAACUAUCAGAGACGUUCAAGUGAUUGGGAGAAACGUCUUUCACCAAAAAGAGGGUUUAAGACUCUUGGUUUACCAAGACGGAGCUCUGAUGAACCAUCAUCUCCAAGGACAAAUAUUGAGCAAUUGCGGUCACCAAGGACGGGCCAGGAGCAACUCUCACGUACGACUAGAGACCCAGAACAUGGUGAUGAAAAACAGCAGUCAAGCAGGAACCCCAAUCGAUGGUUGUCUCCAAGAAGUGAGGAGAGAAAGAGGCCACGAGGAAGGAGCCGUGACCGACAACAUUCACCUAGAAGGAGCAGUGCACAACAGUUGUCUCCAGCAAGACCUGUAAGGACCGAUGAGCAACAGUCAUUAUGUCAUGACAAACAACGUUCACCGCAGAAGAAUCACAAGGCACAGUCAUCGCCAAGAGAAAAUGAUGGGAGGCAGUGCUUAUCCGAGAAGCGUAAGGAGCGCUCCUCAGUAAGUGGAAGCCAUAGGCGACAGCUGUUCCUGGAGGAAUCUCCGAAAAAGAAGCCAUGCAGUGAACAAAUUCUAACAAAGCAACCAAUGAAUUCAGCUUCUUCUGUGCCAGAGCAGCUAAACACUGCCAGUGUGUUCAAGCCUUUAGCUCAUACUGUACUGGCUGAGCAAGCUAGAAAACGGCCAUCUUCAUCAUCACAGUCAUUAUCAAUGACCAACAAGAUGGAGGCUUCCACAUCAUCAAGAGGCAGCAGCCAAACAUCCGUUUCCUCGUCAUCUUCCUUCAACCCAACAAAGUUAACGUUGGACACAAAUUUGAAUCUGGUGCAACCUAACCUUCCAAGGAGUGAGGAAUGUUCUACGACUAUACCCAAGCCUCCAUUUGCUCAUCACAGUAAACCAUCACCUCCAACCAUGUUGAAACUCAGAGGCAAUUUUGAUACUCUCUCCCAUGGUGACGUGAUCGCAGCCAUGGAGUCCUUUGGGAAAACCAAAUCCCUCUUACUGUUUAAGUCUAAACAAGAGGCAACUGUGUGUUUUGAAAAAGAGGAAGAUGCUGCCAAGCUUAAAGGCUUAAAAAGCCUUGAGAUAAAAGGAGUUUCCCUCACAUUUGGUGCAAAGCAGGACAGAGUUUCAGAGGCCCCUUUAUCUGCGUCUCCAGAGGAUCAGAAAAAUCUUAGUCCAGAAAAGCCCGCUGUGCCCCGUCAGUCUGCUUCUGCUAGAAACUUGGUUCUCCUGCCACUUAAAACGCUUUUGUCUAUCCAAAUAAGGUCCAAAAAGAGCGCAGCAGUCAAACUUGUGAAAAAAGCCAAAGUCUUGGCUUCCAAAGGAAAGUGUGUCUCCAAGAAGCAGGUGGUUCAAACUGUGAAAACGGUCAACGUGGCAGCAAAACAGUCUGUAAAAUCAGCUAAAGACAAGAAAGAAGCUCCAAAGCCCGAAAAGACACUCAGUCCCGGUAACUGUGGACAAAAAUCAAAAGGGAAGGAACACAUCCCGACUGCAACAAAACUAAGGCUGAAAGAAAAUAAUGACUCCUCUGUGGGUAAAGUGAUAAAAGUAUCAGAAACGAAGAUCCUGCUGGGUGAGACUCUUCCACCCAGCAGCAAGAAAAUGGAAGAGGUUGAAGCAAAACCAUCCAAGUCUGACAAAGAGACUCUCAAGGCCGAAAUCUCAACAACAAACCUUCAAGACGUUGUUGCACCUGAACAAUCUGCAACAACAGAACAAACCCAAGUUAACAUGGUUAGUAGUGAGACGGAAACUGUGAAAAAUGCUGAGUUGGGAACAAGUGGAGCACCAGAGCCAAUAAAAAUGGACGAACAAGAGCAAAAACCCGAAGAACCACCAAAAGUUGGGACUUUUGGUGAAUUUUCAACCGGUUCGCCUCUGAAACGAAUGGCCAGUGAAAAUCCAGAGACCUCUGUCCAAAUAAAAACUUUGUCGAAUCUAGAGUCGACUGCACAGAAUCUGAAGUCCAGCGAAAAGCAGACAGAACCGCAGACUGCAGGAAGCUCUGCUGAAGCUCCAAUCGAAACAAAUCAAACGGAUACAGCAAAGCCACCCAGUCCAACCACUGAAACCACAGCAGAAGCGAGUGAGAAGCAGCUGACUGUUGGGGAGAGGAUUGUCCCCGAUUACCUGAAUCAACUGAACCUAAACAGCAAAGAUUACAUUCUGGCAUCAAGCAUCCUGGAGUCCAGGCCGUUCAGCUUCGUUUACCCAAAGCUGCUGCUGAUCACCAACCUGCCCUCGUAUGACAGCUGCAGCUACGCUGAGAAGGACGUUGUGGAUCUGCUCUCUACAUUUGGAUUUCAAUAUUCAGAUGACAGGAUCUUCAUCUUUCCUCAAGGCUGCAUGGCUUUUGUGCUGAUCCCCAGUGAGGAGUCAUUGACGGAUCUGCUUAAGGCGUCAGAAGAAAACCGCCUCAUCUUCAAACAACACAAACUUUGUUUGUAUAUCGUGAAAAAAUACAUUUCAAUGACACUGCCUGGCUUUUAUGAAUCGAUCAUGGAGCUAGCAUCUUUUAGUGUCGAGGUGUCGAAUGUGAUCUUCAUCAACAACAUUUCCCCGAGCGACGCCGUCACUGUCAGAGAGGCUUUGAGGAAGAUUGGUGGCGUCAGAAACGUCCUGCUUCUGCUCAACAAGGUUUUCAUUGAAUUCGAAUCCAUUUAUGACGGCGAUCGCCUCGGAGUUUGGUACAGCCUCCUGAAAGUGGGCUUUACUCACAUGAUUCAACGCCUGAAUGUACCUGUGAGCUCCAAGGAAUCACAACCACCAUUACUGCCACUGAAAGCCCUUCCAGACCAAGAUGUUAUCAUUGCUGGGGCAGAAACACCAAAAUUGCAGUAUGGCAUCCCUAUAGGCACAUGUUCGCCGUUUUGGGUGACGAUGACAACGCAGCCCUAUGUUUUUCUAACUGCCUCUCCUUGGUUUAACAUCCCAAAUUUUCUGACAAUCCACUGGAACCAAGGCUUUUCGGUAAUCACCCACCCAGCCUCUGUGUUCUGCACCCUAAUGCUGACGGGUUUGCCAGAGGGAAACUACAAACACGAAGACGUCGCCAAUCUGGUGUGGCCUUAUUUCUCCAAGCAGAAUCUUCAGACUCUCUGUUACAACAUCGUGGUCCUCCCACUGCAGAGGAGGGCCUUUGUGUUUUUCUGCGACUGGGAGGCGUUCAGCAACUUCAUCCUGAAUAUCCGCCAAAAGCCGUUAUGUGUGAAGAAGUCGCCUGUGUUCCUCCACUUGGUCAUGCAGUGCAUUCGACCUGGAAACAGCGAGGAAAUGAUGUACAAAACGAUGAUGAGAUGGAGCAAUGUGCCUGUUGCAGAUCCGGGCUCCCUGGAGGAGCGGCUGCUGUGUGUGGAGAUCACUGAACUGCACCUGUGGCUCAUCCAGGACAUAAUGAAGGAAGUGGCUUCCAUCGCCAGCUUUGUCAACUUCCUGCCGCUCGGUAACAGGAUUUGCGUUGAGAUGUUCGACUCCACCGGCGUGAAGAAGGUGGUGGAGGAAUUCGCCUCCAGAAAGAAGUUAUCGACACACAAGAUCUGGAGCAGAGUUGGACAUGUUGAGUCUUCGAAGGACCUCAGGAAGCGUCUGCAGUGCUGUAAGAUGACGACCUGUGAACUUAAGGAGUCUGCUAAAAUAACUUCGUCAGUUUCCAAACCUGGACCAAAAGUUCCUGUGAGUGAACAGAAAACUCAGACAGAAGCUCCUCCAGCAGCCGCCGGCGUCGUUUCCCUCACACUGACUGGAGCGUCCAAACAGCGGCCUGCUGCUGCUUCUUCCUCCUCUCCCUCAGCUACGGAUCGCUCCCUGACCGUGGGAGAGAGGCUGGAACAUCUGCUGCUGCCACAAAAAAUUAGCUGCCUUGAUGAAAACGCUGUCAAAUCACCAAAAUCUAAUUCAGUUUACACAAGGCUGCUGUUAAUAACAAACCUGCCAAAGUAUCACGACGGCUGCUACACUGAGAGCGACAUCGCAGAUCUGCUCGGAUUUGAAUACAUGGAAAAAAACAUCUACGUGAUUCCUCAGGCAUGCAUGGCUUUUGUGCUCGUGCCCAAUCAUCAAGCUGCGCAAGAAGCUUCCCAAAAAGAAUCCUUGACUCUAAACGGACAGAAACUCUGCGUCCGGAUUGUCAUCAGCAAGAUUUUUAUGGCUCCAUUUGAAUUUUAUAAAUCUCUGAUGGACCUGGUCGGAUUUCCGGUCACUGAUGAUGGAACCAGAACCAUCUACAUCAAAAACAUCUCACCGAGCGAGACCCGGGACCUCAGGGAGACGCUGCGAAAAAUCAGACAUGUUACAAACUACCUUCCUCUGCUCAACAAGGUGUUUAUAGAGUUCAAGUCCGGCCGCGAUGCUGAUCGGAUCGGAGUUUGGUACAGCCUCCUGAAGCGCUGCCCUGCUCAUAAGGUCUACAGGAUGAAACUGCCCCGAAGCAACAGCACAUCUCUGCCACCCAAGAUGGCUCCAAACGCUCUGCCAGACGCCAACAUCGUCACCGGGGCGGUUGCCCCGGUAACAAACUGCGGUGUUCCACAGGGCAGCUCGCCACCAUUUUCAGUUACCUUGACGACCGAUCCUUAUGUCUUCCCGACCGAGUCUCCUUGGUUCAUCAUCCCAAAUUUUACCACAAUCGCAACCAAGAAGAACUUGUGGACACCUGCCAGUAAGGGCCCCGGGGCCUCCGUCAUCAUGCUGACGGGUUUACCUGAAGGAAACUACAAACACGAAGACGUCGCCAAGCUGGUGUGGAAAUAUUUCCCCAAGCAGAACCUUCGGACCCUCUACUACAACAUCGUGGUCCUCCCUCUGCAGAGGAGGGCUUUUGUUUUCUUCACCGACUGGACGUCGUGCUGCAGUUUUGUUGAAGAUUUCUUCAAAAAUCCGGCUUCCAUCAAAGACUCCAAGCUGUUUAUCCACCAGGUUUUACAGGAAAUGCUUUCUGGUCACACUGAGGGGGUCAUGUACAGAAAUAUGAUGAAAUGGAGCAAUGCGCACGUUCCGGAGCUCGAGGGUCUGGAGGAGCGGCUGGUCGUUGUGGUGAUGGCCAACAUUUCUGUGUACCUCAUCAUAAAGGUUGUGGAGAAGGUGGAGUCCAUCGCGCCGAUCGUCAGCUUUCUGCCGCUCGCCAAACGGAUUUGCAUUGAGAUGGUAGAUUCAAGCAGCGUCACUAAAGUGCUGGAGAAUACUGAUAAAGAUUGGCCAAACAUCCAAAGCCUUGAAUCAGUGAAGAGCCUGAAGCAGCGUCUCGACGAAUCUGCUAAGAUCACAGUAAACCUGAACCUGGACGGCGAACGUGUUGGGACUAAAACUCCAGCUGUAAACAGUGAAGCUCAGCUUCCUGUUGCUGCUGCUUCUGCUGAAAAGACACAGCCUGGAGUCCAAGGACAUGUCGGGUGUUCUGCAGAAACGUCCGGUGUUUUCUCAUUAGACAAAGAAAACGUAUCGUCAGAAACAAAAACACCUCAAACCUGUAAGAAGGCUGUGGCUGAAACAGAAGCUAAUAUGAAAGAAAAGGCAGAAAAAGCUGAGGCAGAGAACAAAAGCGCGUCCUCCAGAUGUACCGCUUCAGAAAAACAAGUGGGUAUCUCCGAAAAGGUUCGAGAAUCUGCAGAAAAGACGACGAAAGCGAGAAGUGAAACGGUGACUAAAAAGAUGGAAGCGGCAGAAGCAGCUAAAGACGUUCAGCCACAAGUUAGCGACGAUGAUAAACCAGCAGAGCUGAAGGAGAUGGACCAAACGGAGGUCAAACGUUCUGGUGAAGCCAAAGAAGAAGUGAAACCCGGCAAAAAUCCGCCAUUAACAGAGAAAACUGCAAAUAAUGAAACUUUGACUGGUCCAUCUCAGACCACAGUAAAAACCCAGCAGCAGAAAACGGGAACCUCAGGCUGGCUCUCUGCGCGCAGCUCUCCAACAUUGCGUUCUCUCUCAACGAUUCUGGUGAUCCAGAACCUGCCGGAGUUUGGUGAUGGCUGCUACACAGAAGCUGAAGUCAUCGCUCUGCUCCAGACGUUUGGCAUUCAGUGUAACGAAGACAGAAUUUUCAUCCUUCCUCCAUCUCAUAUAGCGUUUGUUGUUUUUCCAGAUUUAGAGGCAGUGCAAAAACUGACGUCAUGGAAGGAGGACAUCCUCUUCAAAGGGUCCAAGCUCAAAUUCGGUGUCAUUAAACGCAAAGAACCAUCGAAUUUAUUUGGCGUUUAUAAAUUCUUGAGGAGUUUCACCAGAUUUCAUCUGCAGAAAAACUGCAUUUGGACAGAAGUGGUUUACAUCCAGAACAUCUCAGUAAAUGAAGUCAAAGAUCUUAGAGAAAAGUUGCAAGAGAUUGGGAGUGUCGCAAACUACCUGCCGCUGCUCAACAAGGUUUUUGUUGAAUUUCAAACUUUUUUUGACGCUGAUCGGAUUGGAGUUUGGCACAGCUUCCUGAAGGAUCGGCGCUCCUACAAAAUAUACAGGCUGGGGCUGCCGGUGUCAACCUACAAAUCACAGCCACCAAGAGUGCCAGACAGAGCUUUGCCAGAUGGUAGCAAAGCCGUCGAUGGCGCCGUCAUCCCAACUAUGAAACGUGGCGUUCCUCAGGGCAGCACUCCUCCAUUCUGGAUCACCAUGACAACCUACCCUUUAUUGUUUCCCACCUUCUGUCCCUGGUUCAACAUCCCAGAUUAUCUGACAGUCAGUCCGAUGAACGGUUUUAAGAAAACCAUCAGCCAGGCCUCAAAGUUCUGCACCGUCAUGCUAACGGGUUUGCCUGAGAGAAACUACACCCACCAGGAUGUUGCUAAGCUGGUGUGGAAACAUUUCCCCAAACAGAAUCUGCAGACUCUGUUCUACAACGUGGUGGUUCUUCCUCUGCAGAGGAGGGCAUUUGUGUUUUUCUGCAGCUGGGACGACUGCAGUGAUUUUCUCAUGAAUCACAUCAAAAAUCCAGUUUCUGUUAAAGGCUCCCUGCUCAGUGUUCACCUGGUGUUGGAGGACAUGCAUCCCGGAUUCAGAGAGGUGACGAUGUACCGAUCUGUGAUGAAGUGGAGCAACGCUCACGUCUCCCAGCUCCGGCGUCUGGGGCAGCGGCUGCUCUGCGUGGAGAUCUCUGAACCGACAACUCACCUCAUCAUGACAGUCAUGAAAGAAGUGGCAACCGUUGCUGCUUUCGUCAACUUCCUGCCGCUUGCUAACAGGAUUGUGAUUGAAAUGGCUGAAUCAAGUGGUGUAACAGCAGCUGUUCUCCAAAUCUCACCGAACUCCUCACCAGAACACCACAUGUGGAGCAAAGUUAAAAGUGUUGAACCUUUAAAGAGUCUGAGAUGGCGUCUUCGAAAGUCAAGAGAGGCUGUGAUAAACCUCGAGUCUGAUUCAUCGGUGAAACCAGCUGCCUCAUCAAAAUCCAAACCAGACGAGGGAAACCUUUGUUCAGAACCAGAGCAGAAUCUUCCUCCGAAGAGGAGGAAGCUGGAGCUGAGUGACCAAUCCCAGAUUCUUAACAAGAAAACUGAAGAUGAAACAACCCAGGUAAAACGUCAGGAAGACCUUCAGGUCCUCGUGAGUCCAACUGGAGAUCAGAGCAACAAAGAGACAAAAGUCCAGAAACCAGGAAGUCCCUUCAGGCUUCCGUCUAAAGACGUUAAACUUCACCAAACGAUGGAGUCAACGGAGGAUCAACCAGAAACUAACGGAGGAAGAACCAGGCCACCUAAAGAUGGAGAAAAGGUUCACGAGACGCAAAGGUUGAGUUUUCCUCAACAAACAGAAGCUGGAAACGUUUCCCAUCAGAAAGCGACUGAAGACGAUGAAGAGGAGGAAACAAACGAGGAGGAAAGCCCAGCAAACAAAACGAGAAAGCUCCCAAAGUCGUCUUUGAAAGUUCUCAGGAAUCUGGAGGAAGAGGAAGAGGAUGAUGAUGGAGGUGAAGAGCGAGAGGAAAACUCAGGUUUUGUUUGUAUUUCGUCGUCGUCAUUUCUGCAGCCGGUGAGUUUGUGGAGCCCAUCUUUGGCCUUUUCUGCUCCGUCUGUUCGGUUUUCUUCUUGGACGAGAACGCAGCCGAGGAUUCCCACUGCUGCAGCCUCUCUCACCUCAACAACCUGCAGAUUCACUACCAGAAACUUUUACAUUAAUCUGAGGAACGAUGUGAAGUCAGAAAUCCAACCCUGGGAGUUUCCUGAAGGUUUCUGCUGGAGCUCCUGGUUGUCGUAGUGGGUUCUGCUGCAGCAGUGCAGGUCUUUAUCAGCGCCUUCGUUGAGGUAGAAAACCGAGCAAAGGUUACAGAAAUACGCCAGU